UCUACUUUUUUUCCCUAAAUUAUGUUGGCAGCUAGUGGCGAUGGCAAGGAAUCUGAUCAUCCCUCCACAGAGUCCUCACAAACAUGCCGCAAGUUUGAAUAUUCGGAGAUUCUCUUAGCAACUGAUAACUUCGAUGAAUCAUUAGUAAUUGGGAAGGGAGGUUUUGGAAAAGUUUACAAAGGUAACAUUAUCAAUGGAUCAAGUCUUGUGGUUGCUGCCAUUAAACGCUUGGAUUCCAUGUCCACUCAAGGGGCAACAGAGUUUUGGGCGGAAGUUGAGAUGCUUUCAAAGUUGCGUCACUGUCACCUUGUUUCUUUGUUUGGCUAUUGUAAUUAUGAAAAAGAGAUGAUUCUCAUCUACGAAUAUAUACCAAAUGGAACGCUAGAAGACCACCUACAUAAACUUGGUACCCCUCUUUCAUGGCUUCAACGACUCAAGAUCUGCAUAGGUGCUGCUCGUGGGUUAGACUACCUCCACACCGGUACAGGGAUUGAGUUUGGUGUUAUACAUCGUGAUGUCAAGAGCUCAAAUAUUUUGUUACAUGAAAGAUGGGCAGCUAAAAUUUCAGAUUUUGGCUUGUCGAAAAUAGGUCCAACCAAUCAGCCAUCUACUACAGUCAUCACAGGCGUUAAAGGAACUUUUGGGUACUUCGAUCCAAAUUAUUUCACAACCGGAAAGCUUACUAGGAAGUCUGAUGUGUAUGCUUUUGGAGUGGUAUUGAUGGAGGUGUUGUGUCGGAAGCGUGCAGUGGAUAGAACUCUUGAUGAGGACCAUUGGGGUUUAGUGAUGUGGGCUCAAGACUCCAUCAAAGAGGGAAAUUUAAAGCAUAUAAUUGAUUCCGGUAUAAGGGGUCAAAUAUCCACAAAAUGCUUAAACGAGUUUGUUCAAAUUGCAGAGAAAUGUUUGCUUCGAAAUCCAAAACUUCGCCCCACAAUGGCUGAGAUUGUGGUGGGUCUUAAUUCUGUACUUGCGUCAGAAGAAAAGACCAGUAGUUUCUUCCCUCCUGACGACAGAAAAAAGCUUGAUAUCUUUCCCUUACCCUCCAACGGAGAGAAUUCUGGUAGAACCGUUGUCCCCCUCCCCUCCAACGGAGAUAACUCUGGUAUUUCAAGCUUCAGAGAACCCUCACACCCAUGUCGUCAGUUUGACUUUCCUGAGAUUCUCUUAGCGACCCAUAACUUUCACGAGUCAUUAUUAAUUGGGGUAGGAGGCUUUGGAAAAGUUUACAAAGGUAACAUUAUGAAUGGAUCAAGUGCUGAAGUUGUUGCCAUUAAACGGUUGAAUACCAUGUCCAGUGAAGGAGCAUCAGUGUUUUGGGCGGAAGUUGAGACGCUUUCAAAGUUGCGUCAUUAUCACCUUGUGUCUUUGUUGGGUUAUUGUAACUAUGAAAAAGAGAUGAUCCUCAUCUACAACUAUUUGCCCAAUGGAACACUUGAACACCACCUCCAUAAACUUGGUACCCCUCUUUCUUGGCUUCAGCGACUCAAUAUCUGCAUAGGUGCUGCUCGUGGGUUAGACUACCUACACACUGGAAUGGGGAUCGACUUUGUUGUACAUCGCAAUGUCAAUACCUCAACUAUUUUGCUACAUGAAAACUGGGAAGCUAAAAUUUCCAGCUUUGGGUUGUCCAAAAUAGGUCCAGCGAAUCAGUCAUUGACUUUCGUCAACACGCUUAUUAAAGGGACUUUAGGGUAUCUGGAUCCAGAUUAUUACUCAACGGGAAGGUUGACACGGAAGUCUGAUGUGUAUUCUUUUGGGGUGGUAUUGUUAGAAGUUCUCUGUCGGAAGCGUGCAAUAGAGAGAAGUCUUGAUGUGGAGACAUGGGCUUUAGCAACAUGGGCACAACAAUCUAUCAAAGAAGGGAAUUUAAAGCGUAUAAUUGAUUUUGAUAUAAGAGAUCAAAUCUCCCCAUAUUGUUUGCAGGAGUUCGUUCGAGUUGUGGAAGGAUGUUUGCACAGCAGUCCAAAGCAGCGUCCUACUAUGGCUGAGGUUGUUGGCCUUCUUGUGCAUAUACGGACCAUACAGGAGAAAAUGAAUAAUCCGUUGAAGCUUGCACAAAGAACAAUUUUUGGUAGAAUGUUUGAUAAUAGAAGAGGACACUAA